AGUGCACUACAUUUGAACAGAGCCACCUAGGGAAAACUGUACUAUUUGAGACACAUUUAUGUAAUGGUGUGCAUCUCUGUGUGUCUCUGAGUCUGGAUGUCUUUAUAUGUCUGUGGGUUUCUCUGUGUGUGAUAUCCCUCUGUGUGUGUAAACAUGUGUCUCUAUCUGUUGGUCACUAUGAGUUCUGCUUGUUGUUGUGUGUCUCUAUGACUCUCUGUGUGUCUCUCUUGGGUCCGGUUGGGCUUUUCUUGGCCAUGAACAAUGUGGCCGCUGCUGGGAUCUGCUGACAGGCCUGACCAGGGCCGCUCUGCUCUCUGAGCUCACAUGCUUUUUGUGGCUCUAGUCUAUCUCUCUGAGCAGCGCCUCCCAAAAAAGCACUGUGCAUCAUGGUCCGACGCUUUGUUGCACUCCACUGAUCCCUCUCUUAAGGCCUCUGCAGCAGCUGGAGAGAUUAGAAGAAAGGAGAACAGGACACACUCACACACACACCACUGACACAGACACCCCAGCUAGGCCCCUUGCACACACACCACUGGUACUGUUCUCACUGAAGCAGUAGAGGACAAACAGAUCAGGCUGAGACUGAACUUGACUGGACCCACACCUCCAGAAAGACUCCACUGACCGGAAACCUAUCCCAGAAAGAUCCCACCCUGAUCGGACUCGUACGGCACACAGAGCCCCAUCUACCUGGAGCCCAACACAGGGGCCAACCUCUUCAGCAAUGAACAGUUUUGGGUACCGUCGGGAGCUGAGUAAGUAUGAGGAUGUGGAUGAGGAUGAACUACUGGCUUCUCUCAGCCCAGAGGAGCUAGCAGAGCUGGAGAUGGAGCUGGCAGACAUAGACCCUGAUGCCAACGUGCCCAUCGGCCUGAGACAAAGGGACCAGACGGAGAAGACACCCACUGGCACCUUCUGUAGAGAGUCUCUGUUGAAGUACUGGGAGAAGGAGACCAAGAGGAUACUGGAGGAUGAGAGAGGGGAAGCCAGCAGCCCCAAACAGGAAGACGAUGAUGAUGCUGAAAAGAGUGAGGAAGAAUGCAUGACAGAAAGCAACAGCGAAGCAGAGGAGGAGAAGGAUGACGAGAACAAGAAAGAAAAUAAAGAUUAUCAAGAGGAAGAAGAAGAAGAAGAGGAGGAGGAGGAGGAGGAGGAGGAGGAGGAGGAGGAGGAGGAGGAGGAGGAGGAGGAAGCUGAAACAGAGGAUGAGGAGGAUGAAGAGGAGCCAGAAGAGGAGAGGCCUAAAGCAGCACACCCAAAGGAUUCUUGUCCUCCAUCACCACUGUCAGUCGUCAUCUCCUCCCCCAGCCUCCUGAGACCCCCAAGGGUGGAGCCUAUGAGACUAACCCCGCCCCCACCUCCACUUGACACCAACGCCGACGGCAACCCAACAGUUGUCGACGAGGCCCUGGAAAGAGUCCUUAGUAACGACCCUGAGCUCAAAGAGGUCAACCUCAACAACAUCGAGGACAUCUCACAGGACAGUCUAAUCCAGUUUGCUGAGGCACUGCGCUCCAACACACACGUGCGUGUCUUUAGCCUUGCCAACACGCAUGCUGACGACCCUGUGGCGCUGGCCAUUGCCAAGACACUGCGAGAAAACACAUCCAUUGUCAGCCUGAACAUCGAGUCCAACUAUGUGACAGGGAAAGGGGUUCUGGCCAUGGUCCAGGCUCUGCCUAGCAACAGCACCCUGACCGAGCUACGCUUCCACAACCAGAGACACAUGUGUGGAGGACAGGUGGAGAUGGAGAUGGUGAAGGUUCUGAGGGAGAACCACACCCUGAUCAAGCUGGGUUACCAGUUCCACCUGCCAGGCCCCCGGAUGAGCAUGACAGGCAUCCUGACCCGUAACAUGGACCGUCAGAGACAGAAACGCCUGCAGGAGCAGAGACAGAACCAGCAGGCGGGGCCAGAGGGGGCCGUUAACCCCCGUACCACCGCUCUGUUGAAGGCCACACCGGGUUCUUCGCCCUACGGUUCCCCGCAGGUGUCACCUUGGCAAUCCCCCAAACUCCCCCAAAAACAGACCCCCCCUGCUCCUCCGCCGCCUCCCCCGCCCCCGCCCCCUCCCCCGCCCCCUCCCCCGCCCUGCCAGCCCCCUGCAGAGAAGAUGAAGCCGACUAGGAAGAUAGCGGAGGUGAUCAGGCUCCACGAGGAGGUUGUUAUGAAGCAGGGGAAAGGGAAGGGGAAGAAGGGGAAGAAAGGAUUGAGAGAGACCAACAGUAUCUUGAAGGAGCUGAAGAACGCUCUGCGGCCAGUGGCAGAGAAGAGAGAACAGGAGUACAGCAGGCCACCCACUCCACUGCGCUCUUCACACGACCAGCUCAUGAACUCCAUCCGCAACGCCAGUGUCCGCUCCCUCAGAAAGGUGGAAGUUCCACAGAGGAAGUUUGUCUUUGUCCCUGAUGAAGAGACUAGCUGAUCUGAAGACACAGAGAACCAACCCCCUGAGACUACUGAGGACACAUAAACAAUACAUUCAGAUUGAACUGCUUUCCUCAGAGAAGAUACUGGAAAUUAACACUGUAAUAACAACUUUACUUUUGGAGGGAAACAAAUCUGAAAUUAAUAUUUUUUUUAAAUGUAUUUAUGGUGUAUGCUUUAGCAGAAAGGCAUUUGGUUGUCUACAUUUUUGUGAUGAUAAACGUAAAAAUUGUUGACUAAAUUGUUUACUGAGGUAACCUUUUUUGUAUAAUUGUAAAUAUUGUAUUUGGUGUGUGAGGAAUAUACUGUAUGAAUUGAACAUGAAGAUAAAAGUAACAACACAA